UAUUAUUUUUAAAAUUUUGAGAAAAAAUCACAAAAAGUUAUUUUUAAUCUUGCUAUUUUUUUUUCUUCUAGUUUCUUUUCAAACUGAUAAACCAAUGACUCCUUUUCUGGUGGUGACACUUGAAGAUCUACUACGCAGCUUUUAUGCAAAGUUCAUUCAAUUAAAUGUUCUUUUAAAUGCCAAAACUACAACAUCUUUGUUAAAAAUAGAUUUGUUUAAUUUUGCAAACUGGCUUUCAACCAGCCAAAUUGAUGUUGGUUUUUCAUUGAAGUAUGAUCUCCAGCAACUUAAGAGUAAGGGAAAGAUUACCGAUGUUCAAAUUGAUAAGUUCAAAAAAGAAAUAUGUGAUUUUCUUGUCUCAAUAUGUACUCAUAUUAUUGAGAAAAGCCCUUUGUCUUCACUGGUUGCUCGCUGUCUGGUGUGUAUUUCCCCAUCAUUUAUGGUUGAAUAUCCAGAAAAGUGUGAUUAUUUUUUUGAAAAACUGUUGAUGAAGCUUUUUACUUACAAGGAAAUUAGAGCUUCUGUUGGUGAUUUAGCUAAGAAAGAAUAUUCCAGGUUCUGUAAAAGUGUGGUCGUUGAUAACAAAGAAGUAUUUUUGACUUUUGAUAAAGAUAAGGGUCGUUUGAACUACUUUUUGUGGAAAUACACUGAUUUAAAGAUAUAUGCAAAUCUACAGCACAUUUUCAAAAUUAUACUCAUUUGAUUGCACGGACAAGCUCAAGUUGAACGAGAAUUUAGCAGCAAUAAAAGUCUGAUCGAUGACAAUAUGUCUCCAGACACUAUUAUCUCUUUAUGUUCAAUCCAAGAUUACCUCACAUUUCAUGGGUUUAUGGCUCAUGAAGUUGAAAUAACAAAAGAUUUAUUAGAUUAUUGCAAACAAGCAAGAAAAAAGUAUUUUGAUGAUCAACGUUUAAAAGCCCUGUCUGUAGAAAAAACAGUGAAAAUGGAAGCAAAAAGAAAAAUUAUAGAAGACAUUGAAAUUGUCAAUACUGAAAUUCGACAGACAUUAUCUAUGAUUGAGAAUUUAAAAAUUAAUCUGAUGAAAUUGGUUUCCGUGCUGAAAAAAGAAUAGCCUUAGAUGACAUUAAAGCUGAUAUAUCAAAAUCUAAUGCAUUAAAAAGAGCCGCUUGUGAAAAACAAGAGUUACUAGAGAAGCUAUAUGU